AUGCAGCAAAGUCCCAAGAUACAUGCUCAAUCUUCUCAGGAGAGUGUUGCCUUGCGGACCUCUCAGACAGCCCCUAAGAAGGCUCAUGACCCGUGGUCACAUCUUCUAGCUGGCGCGAGCGGAGGCUUUGCUACAGCAAUUGUCACGUCCCCUCUUGAUGUCCUCCGAACACGUCUCCAAUCCGAUUUCUAUCAACCCAUUCCCCGAUCUUCCACCUCAUCCGCAACUUCCAUUCCUCCCCAAACAAAUCACAAAACCCUCCGCAUUAUCGGCAACAUCUACAAAGCCGAAGGAUGGCGCGCAUUUUUCCGCGGUCUCGGUCCCAGUCUCGCAGGUGUCGUCCCUGCCACAGCCAUCAAAUUCUGGGUCUACGGAAAUAGCAAGCGCAUCGGAGCCGAAGUCCUUAACCUCCCUGAAAACUCAACAAUCCUUCACGCACAAGCUGCCAUCUCCGCUGGUAUCGCAACUGCAACUGCCACAAACCCCAUCUGGCUUGUAAAGACUCGCCUGCAACUCGAUCGCGCUCAAACAACCACUGGAGCUCGGCGCUACCGGAACAGUCUCGACUGCGUGCAACAGGUUCUUCGCCAAGAAGGUAUUCGCGGUCUCUAUAAGGGACUGAGUGCUAGUUAUCUUGGCUCGGUUGAGACUGCUCUGCACUUGGUUCUUUAUGAGCGCUUGAAAAUUACAAUGGCGCAGUCGCUUGGUUCCCCCGAUGGAAAGGAUACCGCUAUGCAAAAGGAAAUCACUAGCUGGAUUAGCACUACUGGAGCUGCGGGCUCGGCCAAGUUUGCUGCUGCUUUGCUUGCGUAUCCCCACGAGGUUAUCCGAACACGACUUCGUCAGGCACCACUCGAAAACGGCGUCCCCAAAUAUACCGGUCUCGCGCAAUGCUUUUCACUUAUUGCUAAGGAGGAAGGAAUGGCCGGUCUCUAUGGUGGUUUGAUGCCACACAUGGUCCGCUCGAUUCCCUCCGCUAUCAUCACCCUUGGAGUUUAUGAGUUCGUCUUGAGAUUCGUGGGCACUUCAUGA